GGUGUGGUGGAGACUGGUGAGUCAGUUUCAGUUAUGUAGAGUCGCCUUCUCUGCUCACAUCGUAGCGAACAAAGCGCUUUGUAUUGUCUGUACUGUACGCGUCUCAACAAGAACAAAGUGUUGUUGGAAUAUAAAAGUAAUGUUUUGUGUGUCUCUUGCUGUCUAUUUCAGUGCUUAAUUUUUGUUCGUUUUGUUUUGUUGGGCCUUUUUUAACUAAAUGUAAGUACUGAACGCGUUUCCAAUUUUUCUAAUUUAGAUUGUGCUUUGUUUGUCUAAACAGUACGUGAUUCGAUGGUGUCCCAGCUCAUGACAAAGGAUUAUAUUGAAUGAGUAGUGCUGGAUAACGAAAAAAGUGGCGUAUGUGAUAGUCCACGACUCAACUCCGUAUAACAGUAUCUAUAGGGAUGACGGCUAAAUGAAAAUGGCAUCACCUACACCGUCAAUAGAAUCAAUACCUAGAGCAAGUUCAAUUGGAUCAUUCGGUGAUCAACACGACUACUUAUCCUUAUCGCCUUUGGCGGAUUCACCAUUGUCAGUAAGCGGCUCAUCGCCCCCAGUAAGUGACUCAGUAGACAGAGACAGUGAUCACUCUGAACUACAUUGUCAACAGUGCAGAGAUCCCGUUUCAGACCCAAAAUUGUUAGCCUGUUUUCACACGUUUUGUAACGCUUGUCUCGAAAAGAACAAACUCAUCUGUCCUCGUUGCAACACUGAAUCAAUCGAGGGCAUCUUGAAUAGCCUUCUCUUCAACACAGAGAACAGCAACGAUUUCCAUUCGGCUGCUGUCCGUUGCACAGGCUGCAAACAUAAGAAACUAGACGCAGUCGCCCGUUGUGUCGAGUGUGCCAACUAUUUGUGUUCCAAUUGCGUCAUGGCACAUCAAUUUAUGCACUGUUUCGAAGGCCACAGGGUUGUUAACCUGCCAGAGAUCAAAGAUGAACCCAAAAACGGAGUAAUCUCCAAUGGUAUCAUGGGCAUCAUAUCCAAUACCGAGAAAAGUAUGAUCUGCCCUCGUCAUAAAGCAGAAUUGUUAAAGUAUUAUUGUCGCACCUGCGCCGUACCAAUUUGUAAAGAAUGUUUGGCUUUGGAUCAUCCCAUCGGACUCCACGACUAUGAACACAUCAGCGAAGCUGCACCAAAACAGAUCGAAGCUAUUCAGCACGCUGUAACCGAAGCAAAGAGCAAAGCUACCGAUAUCAGAAAUAUCCUUAAAAAUGUAGAACACGUUUCCAGUCGCCUUCAGAUUCAAUAUCAAAAAGCUCAAAACGAAAUCAAUGACACUUUCCUAUUCUACAGAUCCAUGUUGGAGGAAAGAAAGCAGGAACUUCUCAAAGAAUUAGAGAGCGUUUUUAGCGCAAAACAAAUAUCAUUGGGAGUGGCCACGCAAAAGGGCCAAGAAACGUGCGAACAAAUUUACAAAACCUGCGAAUUUGUAGAGAGACUGAAUAAAUGUGCAAAUGUUGUUGAAAUACUUAUGUUUAGAAAAUUAUUAGAUAAUAAAUUACAAGGUCUUUUAAAUUAUAACAUUGAUCAAAGCGUGCAAGCAGCAUGCGAGUUGGAAUUCGUAUCCAACUAUCAAGCCAUACAAGUAGGCGUCAGAAAUACUUUUGGUUAUGUGAGAUCAAACUCAGAGCCAGUGGUGGGUCCAAGCAAGCAGCCCCCCAUCGCUAGACCUACAGGCGGUGGUGGAUCAAGCUCCAGCGGAAGCAGCGUCAACGGAAGUUCCGGUAGUCUAAACGGUGGGAUGAUCUGUUCGUUCCCCAUGUCCAACUCAAGUCAAUCUACAUCUCCUUUCGAAUCAAACAUAAUCAGCAAACGAUUCAGCAGUGCCAACAGUUUGGGUCCGUUUUCAACGACAAUAGGAGACUUAAAUCUCAAUGGUAUUAACCCUUACGAGAAGUGGUCCAAUGGUGGAACUACGGACAGUAUUUUCCAAAAUGGAACUGCGGAUCCAUACGCGCUAAGCGGUACUACACAUAAUGACCCCAUGCUAGAUCUGACUUCUAAACUCAUGUCGACUGCGAUCUUUCCCCCGAAAUCUCAAAUAAAACGACAAAAGAUGAUUUACCAUUGCAAGUUUGGAGAAUUCGGUGUCAUGGAAGGACAAUUUACCGAACCCAGUGGAGUAGCCGUGAACGCCCAAAACGACAUAAUCGUUGCCGAUACGAAUAACCACAGAAUCCAAAUCUUCGACAAAGAAGGCCGAUUUAAGUUUCAGUUUGGCGAGUGCGGUAAACGCGACGGACAAUUGUUGUAUCCAAAUCGCGUUGCUGUAGUACGCACAUCCGGGGACAUUAUCGUCACAGAACGGUCUCCGACACACCAGAUCCAGAUCUAUAACCAAUACGGUCAAUUCGUUCGCAAGUUCGGAGCAAAUAUCCUCCAGCAUCCUCGUGGUGUUACCGUAGACAAUAAGGGACGAAUCGUCGUCGUGGAGUGCAAAGUUAUGAGAGUGAUCAUCUUCGAUCAAACCGGUGCGGUCCUCCAGAAGUUCGGCUGUUCGAAGCAUUUGGAGUUUCCUAAUGGCGUCGUCGUGAACGACAAACAAGAAAUCUUUAUCAGUGACAACCGAGCUCAUUGCGUUAAAGUAUUCAGCUACGAAGGAGUCUACUUACGACAGAUCGGUGGAGAGGGUAUCACCAAUUACCCGAUUGGAGUAGGCAUAAACGCCAAUGGGGAGAUUUUGAUUGCGGAUAACCAUAACAACUUCAAUUUGACGAUUUUUACCCAAGACGGCCAGUUGGUGUCUGCGUUGGAGAGCAAAGUCAAGCACGCGCAAUGCUUCGACGUGGCCCUGAUGGACGACGGUUCCGUGGUGUUGGCCAGCAAGGACUACAGGCUCUACAUAUAUCGUUACGUGCAGGUACCUCCCAUCGGCCUGUAAAGAACGUUUCCUCCAGGCAGGGUCUCCAGCCGCCAUUCCCAACACUUUUUGUUGAUGCAUUUUUGAAUGGAGUGGACGGAUGCUGGUCUGUUGAUUAUAUUAUUUUUUAAAGUUGUCAAAAUUUUCACGAUAUUUAUCGUCAUAGUUUUGUACUGUAUUUCACAUGUUGAUAUUUUAAUAUUUAAACGUUUGACGAUGCGAAGCUGAACAGUCGCUACCUUGGUGGCCUGUCGCCAUGUUGUAUGACCAAAUUUAUCAAUUUUUAAAACAGGGAUUUUAUUAUUAUUCAGAUUAGAAAUGUUAACCAAGCAUCGCACGGUGCCUGGGCCAUUGUUGUAAUUUAAAUUUGAGCAGUUUCCGAUGAUAAUGAUCUAUUUUAAUAUGCGUGUAUGAUGUUGUGUAUGUUCUUAGAAUAGCGCCUUGUUGUUUGCGGGAUGCCGCGUUGUUACGGACCCUAGUCAACCAUAUGAACUGUACUUUCAAUUUAACAUAGUAGUAUCUCAUUUUUAUUAUUAUCUUAUUAUUAUUAUUAUUACGAAUAAUUGUUCCCCUCUUUUCCUGUGGAUGUUUGUAUACUAUAGAGUGCCGUGCCACUCGGGAAAAACACCCCGUAGUUGGCAAUUUGUUUUUUACGUUUAUGUAUUUUUAGUUUUGUUAUUCACAUUUAAUAUUAGAUAAUACUACGUGUGUGGUGCAUGCGACAUCUCUUUCCACCAUCUCUUAUUUUUUUACUUAGUUGUAGGUUUUUGUAGUAAUAUAUUUGUUUGUUGAUGCUGCCAAGUUUAAGAUAGAGGACGUCGGUUCACUACACAAAGAUCGGCGUCCUAGGGCGCCAUAAGCCUUUCAAGACUAUAUACUUAGUAGCUAGGUUUUUCGUUCAUUAUUACUCUUGUUACCUCGAGGCGAAACCAUGGACCAUAGCUCAACAGUUAAUUAAUCUUAAAAAAAUGUCCGGUUAGCGACAACCCUGUUAAGAUGUUUCAAUUAGUGAUGGUGAACGUAGUGAUUUGCCGUGAUCAGUGACCGUGAUUUUUAAAUAACGGUGAUUUUAAACAGUGCCCGUGAUUAUCAUUGCUUUAUGUAAAUACAGUAAAAUCAGUCAGUCACAGUAGUCGUAAACUAAAUAACACUACAACAACACAUUUUUAUAAUUACGUAUUUUUUAUGGGAAAUAAGCCACAAUUUUACUAAAAAAUAAAUUUAUUAACGUUUCGAAGCCCAAAUCGGGUUUCGUUGUCAAAAUACUAUUAAAAUAAAAUAAACAUGUUGUUGCUAAGUAAAAAAAUUCUUCUAAUAAUUUAUUUAAUCUGACUCAUUUAUAUUGGCAAUUCAGACGUAUAUUAUACGCUAAUAUAAAUGAGUCAGAUUAAAUAAAUUAUUAGAAGAAUUUUUUUACUUAGCAACAACAUGUUUAUUCUUCUUAUAAUUCUUCUAAUAAUUUAUUUAAUCUGACUCAUUUAUAUUGGCAAUUCAGACGUAUAUUAUACGUAAUGUAUAAUAUACGUCUGAAUUGCCAAUAUAAAUGAGUCAGAUUAAAUAAAUUAUUAGAAGAAUUUUUUUACUUAGCAACAACAUGUUUAUUUUAUUUUAAUAGUAUUUUGUAUUUUGACAACGAAACCCGAUUUGGGCUUCGAAACGUUAAUAAAUUCAUUUUUUAGUAAAAUUGUGGCUUAUUUCCCAUAAAAAAUACGUAAUUACAACAACACAAUUAAUCUAAACACUAACAAUAAAGUAAUCCAUUUAAAUCACUACAAAACUUUCUUAUUCCAUAAAUUUUUUUAUGAACAAAAAUAUAUUCCAUACGUUUAAUGAAAUUAUUUUAAAUUUAUUAUUUUGACAAGAGGCAUAUAAGUAAAUAACACAAAAUAUUUCACCGUUUCUAAAAUUCACCGUUAUUAAAUCACCAGAUGUCAAAGUGACCGUCUCGUUCACCGUGAAUAUCAUAAUAUUUAUUAUAUAAUCACGUUUUGUAAGACGGUGAUCAGUUGAUAAAACUGAUAUAUCUGGUAAGUGAUCACGGUUAUGGAAGUUACCAAGGAACGGUAGUAAUCGGUAAUUUCUAAAUCACCGUGACUAAAUCACCGUGAUUAAAUCACCGGUAGUGAAAUCACGUCCCAUUACUAGUUUCAAUUAUAAUGACCAUAUUAAGUAAGCGACAAAUUCCAGAAUAUUGGAAAAACCCAAAAAACUCACAUACUUAUACAAAAAAUAAUGAUGUUAUAUGUUAUAGUAUAAUGAGACUGGUUUCUAUGUUUCUCAGUUUUACAUUAUCAUCAGUCCAUACAAAUUUCAUACAAGAUAACAAUAAAGGGCUACACUAGAAGACCUUUUUGACUUGAUGGCAAAGUUUUGUUAUCUUGUUUCAAAUUUCUAUGGCCUGAUGAUGAUAUAAAUCUGAUAAACAGAGAAACUGCAUUACACUAUAUUAUAUUAUUAUAUAAAAUAUAAUAUUAUUUUAUACAAGAUUGUGAGUUUCUUGGUUGUUUCCCAAUUUUCUGUUACGAUGAACUCACGCCAACAGUUGUUCCUUUACUAGGCAAAUUACAAUUCAUCCAUAAACUACUGUCGUCUUAUUCGUUGAACAUUACACUAGUGACCAAAAUUCUGAAAACUGUACAAAUCCACCAAUUCCACCAAUUAGUAUUUGGUGGGAUAACCUUUGUUUUUUAGUACAGACUCAAUUCUGCCAGGCAUGGAGUUCACAACAUGAGCCAAAUCUUCUGGUGUAGUAAAUCUAAACCAGUCUUAAAUAAUAGCUUCUCUCAGUUCUCUCCUGUUAAUUAGGUUUCGACUUUGGUGAUAUUAACACUUUCAGCCUUGACCAUACAUUUUCUAUUGGAUUUAGAUCGGUACUAUUUCCAGACCAACGCAGGACAGUACCGUCAUGGUUUCUCAACCAUUCCAUGGACGUCUUAGCAGUAUGAAUCCUGCUGGAAAAAGCAUUGUUGAGAGUCCCCUUCAAACAAAUCUUUGAUAGUUGGUAGCAGUUUAUAACCAUGUCAUUAUUGCAGUCAAAUCAAUUGCUAAAAUAUAAAUCCCAAGAGGAGCGGGAGGAUAAGGGAAAUCCAAUGAACAAUGUUAUGAAAACUACAAUACGUAAUGAAUGGAGUGUUACUAGAAAACCAAUUUUUGGAAAGUUUUCAGAAGUUUGGCCACUAGUAUAAUUGCAAUAUCGGUUAUCAACAAAACUAUUUUGACAUUUUUGACAGUGAAAAAGUUCCUUUUCCAAAUAAUCAGUAUUCCCAGAUAUUAUAGGCCCUGUUUUUGUUUCAAGGCAUUUCAUUUAGAAUGUAACAUCUUAAAACUUAUGUUUAAAAACUGUUUUCAUCAUUGAAUUUUGAUGUAAAACUAAUUAAUGUAACAACUUAAUCAAGGUUAACAAAAAAACCAAGCUGACUGGGCAUCUUUUUGACAUUAUAGUUGAAGACAAUUGGGCAAACUAUCCUGCAGACUUUUCUCCGCGUUUAUUUUUGUUUUGUUUGUUUUGUAUAUUGAUUGAUAACAAUUUGCCACCACAUGACAAUUUUUUUAUUUAUUUUAUUUAUAUAUUUUAUAUUUAGAAUUUAGUAAAUCGAAUGUUUUGAAUCUAGAAAACGGUUCUACGUAGGAAUUACACACCACUUAUUUAAUUCCAACCUUACAUUACUCGUAGAAUUAAAAACGCUAUCAAUCUUUAGACCUAGUUUACUUGAAAGAUAUAUGUUGACACAGUCCGAUAUGAGCCCACACCACAUUUACAUUGAUGCAGAUUAAUGGUCUUUGUGAUUCGGGCCCUUCAGAAUAUGCCAACGUAUCUUCAUAAACGGUUAUGUAUUAGCUUAAAACAAAACAACAUGCAAAUCAGUGGCUUCCUUUGACUCACAUGCGUGAACGCUUGUCACAGGAAAUUUUAGUGCAACUCGGACACGGUUCAGAAAUUUGUGCUUUGGAGAGAAGUGAGAAGAUAACUUGAGUACCAAUCCUUAAUUAAAAGUAAGAAAUAGUUUUUAGUUUAGUAACAAAGAACAUUUUUUUAUUUAUUGACUUUGGUAUUUACUUCUAUUAGAGCCAAAUAGGAAUCAACGAAUGCAUAAUAUGAUCAGUUGAGUUUCAACAUUAACUACUACACUAUUUCUGGGAACAUAAACUUUGACGUGAUCGGAAAAAUCGAUCAGGGAUUUAAAAAAUAUAUCAUCACACCAUUGAUCGAGGUAUAUUAACUUACACCCUAAUAGCUACAUAAAAUGGCCUGGGUUAAAUAUGUGCCUAUUAUAUAUCGGAUCAUAAUAUAUAGACGUUGAAAAUAAUUAAAAACUCAUUGGUUUGAUUUUGUGAUUUGUAAUGAUCUACUAAAUGAACUACAGAAAAUGUUAUUCAUAGUUUAAAAAAAUUUUAAUGCUGUCGACUGCGCCAGUUCAAUAUUAUCCCCUUUUAUACAUUUAGUACUAGUAGGUUGGAGUUAAAUAAAUGUUAUAGUAUUUAAUAGUGUAGAUAAAUAAAGUAAAGAACAAUUUUUUUAUCAACAACAUCGAACUCCAUGGUUUCAUCUCGACAGAACUUCAAGUUUUUUAUGAUAAUUUAUCUUAUUUUUAUUUAAAUUAUAUCAUUGUUGUUUUUUGAGAUCAGAGGCGGUUAAUUCGCUAAACGUCUUAAAAGGGGCUGAGAGAUCUCAUCCCGUACCAGCCCUCGAAGAGAACCCUGCGGCACCCCGGUCACUUCGCACAAUUUCCGUCUCUCGGCACCCAUCUGACAAGUGUUGUAUAUGUUGUUUUACGGUGUCUUGUUGAGAGCCACUCUAUUUUUUCUAUUGUUCUUAGACGUCCUUGGAUGGGUACCUUGAGAAACGGGAAUCUCAGAACGACCUCGGUGCAACAUGGCGCUCAGUUUUUAUUACUGCAUUUUUAAACUUGUUGUUAUUAUUAUAUUAUAUUACUUUAAUGGUAAAAAAUUUGUUCGUAAAUUAAAUGUACAUUGUUUUGUUUUUCUUUGAUUUUUUGUUGUAAAUGCUUUUUUUAAUUAAUAAUACCAUUCUUGCAGUUUUCA